ACGACAAUGUUCACGAAUUAGAAACAGUUAACAUGAUUGGUAAUGAAAAUUGAUUUGGUAGGAAGAAACCACAUACAAUUAGGUCAUCACAUGACAAUAACAAACACGUGACAACAACAUACAAUGAGGAUAUGUUCAUCCAGCCGUUUGCCGCUAACGCUUGCUAAACUGUGGGUACUUUUUUACGCUACACGUUAAACCAAAUGACAACUGCGAAAACCAGUCAAAAUAGUUUGCAAACGUUUAGCGAAAAACGGCUGUUCAAAUGAUCAGGAAGAAGAACGCUGGCGAACAAGUUGACUGGUUUUCAUCGCAUUAUCUCCAAUCGCAUUCACUUAACGUUAGGCGCAACAACAAACCGAAAAACAACAACAAGCCGGUUGAUCAACAGCGCUCGGUUUCUUGAUCCUAUCUUUGCUAGACAAUAUAACUGACAUGGUAUUUUAUAUUAAACUAAAAUGAUGUUAACAUUGUCGCUGAUCGCUUUUAUAGCAGUUGUAUCUGGUCGGACUAUUACAUACCCGAUUGAUGAUUCUGUUGGUCUAGAACGUCGGUUUGAUGGAAUUGGUGGACUGAGUGGGGGAGGGGCCACUUCCAAGCUGCUGGUCAACUAUCCAAAGAAGCAGAGAGAUGAAAUUCUUGACUACUUGUUUAAACCUAAUUUUGGAGCAUCGCUACAAAUAUUAAAGGUGGAAAUAGGUGGCGAUUCUCAAAGUACAGAUGGCACCGAGGCAUCUCACAUGCAUGAACCAUGGGAUGAAAAUUACCAAAGAGGUUAUGAGUGGUGGGUGAUGACAGAAGCCAAGAAGCGUAAUCCUAACAUCAAGCUGUAUGGUUUGCCGUGGGCCUGGCCUGGUUGGAUUGGAGAUGGGUCCCCGAUUAGCCCCUACAAGAAUGUCAGUAUGGCAGCCUCAUACAUCGUCAAGUGGAUACUUGGAGCUAAACAGUAUCAUAAUCUUGCCAUAGAUUAUGUUGGAAUUUGGAAUGAACGGCCAUAUAAUAUACCAUAUAUACUGAUGUUGAGAAAGAUGCUUGAUUUUCACAAUCUAACCAGUGUUCGAAUCGUUGCUUCAGACAGUGGCUGGGCAAUAUCUGAUGAUAUUUUACGAGAUUCCCAAUUAGCCAGUGCUGUGGAUAUUAUUGGAGUUCAUUACCCAGGAACUACAACCAUAGCGAGUGCCAUGAAAACAGGAAAACAGUUGUGGUCUUCUGAAGAUUAUAGCACGUUCAACGACAAUGUUGGAGCUGGUUGCUGGGCCAGGAUCCUGAAUCAGAACUACGUGAAUGGAUUUAUGACGAGCACCCUUUCGUGGAACCUGAUAGCAAGUUAUUACAAUGCGCUACCGUUUGCUGGUGAUGGUUUGAUGACUGCUAUAGAACCAUGGAGUGGCUUUUACAGUGUGCGCAGUCCUAUCUGGAUUACAGCACAUACCACACAGUUCACACAGAUUGGCUGGAUGUACUUGCGACAUGGCGCUGGUGUUGGUAAGCUGGAAAGCGGAGGAAGCUAUGUUUCUCUAGUCAGUCCCGACUCCAAAGACUUGACCAUCAUCAUUGAAACCAUGUCACAUGACCAUUCUGUGUGUAUUCGGCCAGCACUUCCACCAUACACUGUGAAUGCGACAACCAUUGAGAUCCAGCUGAAAGGAAGCUUUGCAAAAGUUAAAGAGUUAUAUUUGUGGUACAGCAAACUGGGAUUCAAUGGAACACAGACAAGCCUGUUUGAACAGAGAAAACCAGUCGCAGUGACCAAUGGGCUUUUCAAACUGUCCAUGGGCCUCGAUGAGGUGUAUACAUUUACCACACUGAAUGUCGGUCAGAAGGGAAGUUACCCCAGCCCACCUGUAUCAAAGCCUUUCCCAGACUACUACUUUGACGAUUUCAACAAUUACCUAGAAUACCAAGAGCCUUUCAACUUUGCCCAACAGGUGGGCUGUUUUGAAACACGGCGCACGUCCGACGAAAGCCACUCGUACGUGAUGCGCCAGGUCGUACUGAACCCAACCAUCUCCUGGUGUCCCAUCAACCUAGACUUCCCAAUAACUGUUAUGGGAGACUAUCAUUGGUCCGAUAUUUACGUUGAAGCUGAGAUGAGACUUGGUCCAGUAAAUGCGUCCGAUGGUGUAUUCCUUGCUGCGAGGAUUGAUCAGGGAGGGUGUUACACAUUCAAGACUAAAGGAAUAUUCUUCUUUAUAUACCCCAAUAAGCAGAUUUAUGUAUUGGCAAAUGAUUUGGCUCAAACACAGACUAUCAUCAAGGGCAAUAUUCCUCAAGUCCAGAAGGGCUGGAACAAAGUAUCACUUCUCAUUGAGAUGGGGAAAGUAACAGGUUCCAUUAAUGGUCAACAGAUAUUCAAAGUCGAUGUGCCUAAGAAGCCGAAGAAUGGAUUUGUUGGCCUUGGUACCGACUCCUGGGGCAUUGCUGACUUCGAUAACUUUUUGAUCAAAAAUGCUUCUAGCCAUCAAGCGAACAAUUUUAAUAGAAACAACAUUCUACGUUUUGUACCAAAGCAUGGCUAAUCAUUUGUUAUAUGCUUCAGUAUGUUUGUAUUGUGUGUACAUGUAUGUGUGCAUUUUUAUGAUGAUCUAUCACACAGUAGUAUGACGAUACUAGAGUUAACAAUUUUAUUUUUAUGACUGAUGUCCUGUAUAAAUUAAUUUAUUGGCAAUAUAUGACAUUUAGUAAUGACAUGCAUUUCAUUAAUUUAAGUUCUAGCUAAAAUCACAUCAAUAAUGUGCAAAAUAUAUGUCAAAGGUGUAUUUUUUGCUAAACAAAUUGAAUAAAUAGGGAAUGAAAAUUUAAAAAUAUAGGGUUUAAUCAAAUAUGAAAAUCUGUAUUAUAUUAACAAAUUGACACAGUUAUUAUAACUAAUAUUUUAAUUCACAUUGCCAACAGUAAAAUGUGAUGUCAAAAACAGAAUUAAAUAUUUUGCUUGCCUCAUUUUGAAAUUCAGAUACUGUCUGAAUUUCAUAAUGUGAAUAAAAAUGUAUUGUUCAUUAUGUAUUCUAUUUUAGCAGACAGCAAUACUACAUUCCAGUGAACUGAUAAUCAUCUAUUAUUGUUAUCUAUCCAAAAUAUAUCUAGAAAUAGAAUUACAAUAUAAAUGAUAUGUGAUGUAUUAUAGUUCUUGAAGGUAUUAAAACAAUCUCAAUUACCAUGUGGAAAUUGUACAAAAGAAUCCCUGAAUCAUUUCAACUUAUUUUCAUGCUUAUAUCCAAUUAAGGUUCAAGCACGCUGUCCUGGGCACAAUCUCAGCUAUCUGGGAUGUUUGUCCAGGACAGUGGGUUAGUUGUUAGUGGUUAGUGAGCAAG